CACACAAAUAGCAGAGGCAAACAAGCAGCAACGAUGCUCAACAUUCAUCCGCAACUCGAAUUUAAUCAGACGGGGAAUCGAAUCUCUUUGAUGUCGAUGAUGACUUGUAAGCUGAUUCUGCCGUCGCCUCUCUUGUUCGCAGUCGUCGGAGCUUGGGCUGUUGGCGGAGGGGAGGGUUUAGGGUUUUAUCGGGUGAGAGUGGAGUGGAAGAAAUGGGGGGUAGGGUUCCGGUGGAGCACUACGAUCUCAGAGCGGCGAGUUCCUUCGUCGGAGCCUCUUCGCUCCACGAUCUCAAUACCGUGGACGACAUUGGCGGCGUCAGUCGGGACGCCGUGACUGAGGAUAGCCUGGACAACGACGACGAUUCCGCUGCCGUUGAAUGUAUUCAUGAUUCGUACCGGGCUUCUUUGCCAAUUCAUGGUGUUGGAGCUGAAGAAGAUCGCUCAAGCCUCGAGGACGUUGGUCCAUCGAGGAGUUCCUACGACGUCUUGACCAUCGAUGAUGUUUCACCUAUUGAAUCCUCGAGGGCGAGAUUUCUGCAAAUUAUUGUGGAUCAUUUCAUUACUGAUCAUGUGGUUGAAGUAUCUGAUCCUGAGGCGGACUACUCUGCUCAAUCUGGGCAAGGCCAGCUGAACAAAAGAAAGUCCAGAGAAGUCCAAUUUGAGGGUGACCCGAGAUUUGCAUUGCCUCUGAUGUAUGUGGCGAAUAUGUACGAGACUUUAGUUAGUGACGUGAAUGUAAGGCUUACUUCAUUGAAUGGUAUCCGUGAGAAAACUAUUGGAGUAGCUCUUGAAGCGGCUGGUGGUUUAUACAGGAGGCUGGCUAAAAAAUUUCCUAAAAAAGGUCCUUGCACAUUUAGGAGAAGAGAGUUGGCUACUUCUGUAGAAACGCGAACAAGAUUUCCUGAAUUAGUGAUACAGGAGGAGAAGCGGGUUCGCUUUGUAGUAGUUAAUGGUCUGGACAUUGUCGAGAAACCAGAUAGCAUGUCAAUUGACAAUGCCGAAUGGUUUAAACGACUGACUGGUCGAACUGAAGUCGCUAUCUCUCCUCGUGACUAUAAGUUCUAUUCACCAAGACACAAGUACAGGCGUAUUGUGUCCAAUUCUGUUUCUACCAUUUCUGCUCUGCCUCCAUAUCAUGGAAGAGAUUCUUCAGCCAUGUCCCCUGCCGGAGAAGGGUAUCGCUCCAUCGGUGAACCACAGAGUCAGCAGUCAACUGCGAAGCAUGAUAUGCAGCCAAUGUCACAUCAGUCCCAGUUUCACCCUAUUCACCAGAGCCAUCAUCAACCAAUUCACCAGAGUCAACAUGCAUCUCAUUUUUCUUCCACCCAUCAUUGUGGCUCAUCUUCUAAUUUGCCUGAUUUAGCCCAUUCUCAUCAUUCGUCACCUAUAUCACAACAUAUGGCUUGCUUACAACCCCUCAAUGGAGGCCAUGUAGGAGGGCGCUUGCACAUAAUGGCACCUGCCCCUGCAAAAUUCUGUGAUGAAUGUGGGGCCCCAUAUUUGAGAGAAACCUCGAAAUUUUGCUCAGAAUGUGGUGCUAAGAGAUUGGGAACAUAACACCAACAUCAUGUCCUCCCUGGCCCUGCGUAGGAGAAACUUUGUUGUCUCUCAUGUAUCCACAAACAAAUAUGCAGCACAAGAAUUGGACGGGAGAUCAGGCUUCGGCCAUGGUUGAACUUGAAGGCUGUAUAUGCAGCAGAUAUUUACACUAUUUGCAAUGUUUAGGAGAGUGCAGAAAAUGGCUUUUGUUGUAGAUUGGUGUUGAGGUGGUUUUUUUAUUUAUCAAACAGGGAAAAGGCAUGGAUCCCUCGAAGUUCGUCAUCUCUUGGGUUGUAAGAUUGUUACGAGCUUCUUUGUAAAAAAUAGAUUGUAGAACAAUUAGCGAUUGUUGUCCCUUCUCCGAGAAGGAAGAGUAGCUUGUAAAUUCGAGUUGUAAAUGGGAAAUCUAGGUGAUUGAGUA